CUUGUUGGGCUUUGGAGUCCAAGUUGAUGAUGUUCUUCACUUGAGUUGGCCCCUUCCUCUUCCCCUUACCCUCGAGACAGAGAUGGCGAGCGGCGGCGGCGGCGGCGUCUCCUCCCACAAACCUCUCGUCGUCUACCUCCCGCCUCAAGGCUACCGCUCAAUCCAGCCCCAGCGCCAGCAUAGGCUCCUCCACCGCCCCCAGCGACCGCUGUCCUCCGCCUCCGCCUCCUCCUCGUGGUGAGCGACACGAGACCAUCUUCGUUGCAUCCUGCUUAAUUUGGUGCUUGUUUCUUCUAAGAUGAACGGAAUCGGAUGGAAUGCUGCUGGAACUAGCCGCCCCACGUGGUUUCCUUAAUAAUCGAUCAGUCGCUCUUGCUAGCUCCCUCGCCCCCACGGUUUCAAAACCCUCCCAUCAUGUUAACCUUCCUUAGCCCACCUCGUCACUUGAUUGCCAAGCUACUAGAGUACUAGACAUGUUGUCUGAUUGAUGAACUUUCCCCGGCUUUACUCAGACUUCUUACACCUUUGACUGUACAAGAAGAAUACUAGUUUUCGUGAUGAAAGAAAUCGUCCUUUCCUCCGCUGUACCAGAUUAAGAGCAGUAGUUGCUGAGGUCAAGGGCAAGGAUGGACCCACAAGGGAGCUUCAAAGUUAUUGCUGUCGCCUAAAGGAGAUUAAAAAGAUCAGUAAACCUAAGGUAAAGACUGGAGACAUGCUGCCAGGGGCAUCAUCACCUCCCAGCAAAAAGACAAGGUAUAUCAUGUUUUCUGCUCAAGUACCAUUAUGGUAGUAACUUUUUACAUGGCAUUUAAUAGCCCUGUUAUCUUGCUGAUAUUUCGACAUUCAUGAAACUAUUUGCCUUCUAUUAUUUUAUUUUGAAAAGAAGAUGUACUCUUAUUUCCUCUCACCGUAUUUGCAUUUUAGAGUUCUGGUGAUCCACUAGCAAGUCAGAGUUUCAUCGAGGAGCAGAGGACCUAUUUUGCAGAAAUUGAUGCAUUUGAGCUAGUGGAGGAGUUUGCUUCAUCAGAGAGUGAUCUAGAGUAGAGUUUUUUUAACCUCUUGCUUCCUGCUUCAUCUAUACUCCCUCCGUCUCAUAUUAAGUGACUCAAAUUUGCUCAAAUAUGGAUGUAUCUAUACCUAAAAAGCGUCUAGAUACAUGUAAUAGAAAGUCACUUAAUAUGGGAUGGAGGGAGUAGUAUAUAAGGGCCAAAGAUAGAAAGAGCUAGCACACGUUUCCUUGUAGAGUGCAGAGUGAAUAUGAUGCAAAGCGAAGUCUCAUAUGUUUCUGUCAGGUGCAAAGCAAGAUAGCCAUCCCCUCUCCCACUAGGGAGAGAAUUAAGCAUUGCAGCUAAUAAAUACUCCCUCUGUCCCUAAUUAAUUGGUGUCGGCCUUUUUGCAAAACAACCCUUGUAAAUUUUCGAAAUAAACCUGCAGUCCAUAUCUUCAAUUAAAUGUGGACAGCGAGUUAAUUUCGAAAAUUUACAGGUUUUUUUUGCAAAAGUUCCAAUAGAACGUGGACUGCAGGUUUAUUUCGGGAAUUUACAGGUUUUUUUUUGCAAAAAAGCCGACGCCAAUUAAUUAGGGACGGAGGGAGUAUCAGGUGGUGGUAGAACACUUGUGGAUUUGUCUCUUCUGUUAGAGGAACUCAUGGAUUUUGUCGGCUCGAUUCGUAUAUGUCGCACUCCUCAGGCAUUGUUACUCGUGAUGAUAUACAUAUUUUUUCUCUGUGAAGAAGAAUAUUAAAUACUCCUGUUUUGCAGAACAACUUUUUUUAUACAGUUAGGCAUCUUUUGGCUACAUAUAGGUUGCUAAUUUUGAAAUUCACUGUAGUUUUGCUAUUUUAGGCUGGAGUAGUUUUAUGGGAUAGUUUAAUACAGAGGAAUUGGUCAUCUUUUUAAUUAUGUUUGAUUAUAGGACUUGGUCAUCUGCUUUUUUUUCUCGAACUUGGUCAUCUUGUUAAUUAUGUUUUAAUCAUAGAUAUAUGAAUAAUGCAUGAGGUGUUGUUGAUGUUAUGUAGUAAUUGCUGACGACUGGAUGGACAAUGCCGGCCGUUUGUACAUGCAUGGCAUGGGAUGUAUCGAUGGAGUUGGACGCUGCAGGCCCUCGGUAUUAAUGGCCGGUAACACAGGUACAAAUACAAAACGAUAACACAGCUAAUAAUGAUGAUAUAUGCUCCCUGUCAAUCGAUAGAACAGCUAGCUGAAUCGGCCGGCCGGGCACCAUCAGGCACAAGGAGCUAGUGCUAUAUAUGUAUAGCAGAGCUGAGGAAAUGAAGGGCGGCCAUGGGCGAGAAGACGACGUUGAGGAUGGCACGGCAGGAGCUGGAGGACCUCUACCUGGGCGUGGCGGACGACUCCGUGGACCUCACCUUCAGGGACCUCCUCCCACGGCCACCCACCGCCGUCGCUGCACCGCCCUUGACCUUGGGUACUAUCCUCGACGACGAUGGCGAUGGCGACGACGAUGAGCGCACCAACAAGGCCUUGCUCAGGUCCUCCACCAACAUUUUCACCUACAAGAUAGAGUCAGACGAUGACGGUGAUCAGCGGGUGGCUGGCCCUGUUGUCGUCCCUGUAGCUGCAGGUUUCGAGCUGUCACCUUCUCCUCCUCCGGUCGUCGUCACCGCCGCCGCCGCUGGUGGCCGCCACAACAACAGCAAGCAGCAGCAGCAGCAUCUUCCUCCUCCUCCUGCCGCAGUUGGUAUGAUGAUGAGCGGCCGAAAUGGCAACUACAGGCGGCCAGGCAUACCGCACUCCAACAUCUGUGCCUUGUGCACCAGCUACAUCUACCUCUUCCGCCAUCGCUGCCUGGUGUGCGGCCGCGUCUACUGCCGGCGGUGCGUCGGAGCCGGCAUGGGCGACAUGACGGAGGGCCGCAAGUGCAUCGACUGCCUGGGAAGAAGGUACAGCCACCGCUACAUCCACAAGGCAGGCUCCGGCUCCACCGCCGGCAGCGUCUGCUGCUGCAUCAGCUUUGGCGGGGGCUCGUCGUCGUCCGUCCAGGCGCAGGAGCUCCUCUGGGCCGAGAAGGGCCCCGCGCCCCGUAGGCGUCCGCGGCCGGCCUCGUCGUCCACCUCCACCUCCAUCUCCACCGCAGCAUCCUACGGCGGCGGUGCCUACUCCGCCUCCAUGAGCAUGACCAUGAUGAGCAGCAAUAACAACAUGGCCACCAUGACCAUCAACGGCACGCCACCGCCUGCCUCCUCUUCCUCCUUCGUCGCCAACUCCUUCGCCGGCACCAACCCACACGCCUUCCCUCUCUAGCUAGCUACCUGCUUAUAUACCAUACAAACUAUAUACGAUUCCUUUUGUUCAUCACGCGGCAGUCAAAUUCAUAUGCCUAGCUCAUCCACCAUUUUUGGGUCAUUUCCGAAUGCAUUCUAUGUAGAGCAUAUAUAUUAGUUUGUAAUAUUGUGAUGUUGAUGUGCUUUUCUCGACUCAGAAUUGUGGUGUUCAUGUGAGAACGAAUGGGUACAAAGUCUUCUCCAAA